AUGUUCAUCGAUGGAAAAUAUCACUACAUCUGCGUCGCACCGAAAGAAUGGAAUAUACAUAAAAGAAAGGACCUUGAAAAAAUGAUGCUCGACAGCUGCUUAGACCAUCGAAAAAAGACUACCUGCAUCCACGGGGCCAACACCCAAAUUUCUUCGGUAUCUACCAAACUGGAAUACAACGACCUGAGGCUCUGGUUAAAGAGAACUGAUGAUAUAUCUGCAAGACCGAACUCCGGAUCUUAUUUUCCGAUGUUGCUCCACAUUCCUGAAUCAAAAUGUAAGUGA